AUGAAGCGUAACCCGCGCAAACUCGCCUGGACAAAAUCCUUCCGUCGCGCACACGGCAAGGAAAUGACCGUCGACAGCACCCUCACCUUCGCCCAGCGUCGCAAUAUUCCCGUCCGCUACAAUCGCGACCUUAUUCAGACUACGCUCAAGGCCAUGUCGAGGGUAUCUGAGAUUAGGGCACGAAGGGAGCGCGCAUUCUACAAGACGCGCAUGCGCGGCAACAAGCAGAGGCAGCGCGAGGAGGAUAGGAAGCUGGUCGAGGAGAACCAACACUUGCUUCCGCCGAGUGAGAGGUUUGCCAAGGAGGCAGUUGAGGAGGAGGAGAUGGAGGUUGAUCUGCAGAAGGUCAAGGACAAGGUUGCGGCUAGGAGAAAGGAGAUUGCGGCUGAGGAGAGCGAGUUGGAUAGCGAUCUAGAGGAGACGCUACCCAAGACGAAGAGCAAGAGGAAACUGAAGAUGAAGGUUGGCGGUGGCGUCGAGGCCAUGGAUGUCGACGACUAG